AUGGUGCCAAAUGAGGACUAUCAGUACAUGGGAGUUAUACAACUUUUCCUCCAUUUUGGAUGGAGGUGGAUUGGAGUCUUUACUUUUGAAACUAAGGGAGAACGUUUUUUGCAGAAACUGCAGCCAUUGAUUUCACAGAAUGGGAUCUGUUUAGCUUUCACACAAACAAUUCCACAACAUAUCCACUUAGAAGAUUUGUCAGAAUUGUUCGAUUCAGUCUCAAUUAUUUCUGAUAAAUUGAUGGAUCGGAAAGCGAAUGUUUUUCUUGUCUAUGGAGAAUCAUUCACAAUAGUGUGGCUCAGAACUGUCAUGUUUCUACGUGAUCCAGAAAAUAAAGACAUAUCAAUAUUUACAAAGGUUUGGAUCCUGAUGAACCCAAUUGAUUUCAUACUGACGGGAACUCAAAGGAGUUGGGAUCUUCAGAUGUACCAUGGGGCUCUUUCCUUUACAGUGCAUUCAAGAGACAUUCAAGGCUUCAAAGAAUUUCUUCAAGUCAUCAAACCUUCAAUCCACAAAGAUGGAUUUCUUCAAGAGGUUUGGCAACAAUUGUUUGACUGUGUGUUUUUAAAGGCAAACUUACCUUCAUCUAUCAAUGGAGUUUGUAGUGGGGAAGAGAAUUUGGAGAAUCUGCCUGCACCUCUGUUUGAGUUGAAGAUGACUAGCCAAAGCUACAGUAUCUACAAUGCUGUUUAUGCAGUGGCACAUUCUUUGCAUGAGGCAAUGACAUCAAGUCCCAAGUGGACAAAAAUUCAAAGGGUUGAAUUUCCAAAUCUGCAGCCUUGGCAGCUCCAUCAGUUUCUUCAAGAGAUUUCUUUUAACAACUCAGCUGGAGAAAAAGUCUUCUUUAAAAACAGAAGAGAAGGUCCAGGUGGCUUUGACAUUAUCAACAUGAUCAUUUUCCCAAACAGAUCCUUUCAGAGAGUUAAAGCUGGAAAGUUACACCCUAAUGCUCCAAAAGGAAAAGAAGUUAUCAUUGAGAACACAAUCCUUUGGCAUCCUGGUUUUAACCAAGUUCUUCCUGUUUCUUUGUGUAAUGACCCCUGUUCCCCAGGAUCCUGGAAGAGAAGGGCUGAAGGCAGUCAGUUCUGUUGCUAUGACUGUGUUCCAUGCCUAGAAGGAAAGAUUUCUAAUGGAACUGAUAUGGAUGACUGUUUUGAAUGUUCAGAAGAUCAUUAUCCAAAUAAAGAAAAGAAAGGCUGUAUCCUGAAACUGCUGGUCUUUCUAACUUUUGAAGAAACUUUAGGAGUCGGUUUAGCCUCAGUCACUCUUGGUUUCUUCAUCUUGACAUCUUGGGUACUUGGAACUUUUAUUAAACACAGGGAUACUCCCAUUGUCAGAGCCAACAACAGAUCCCUCACCUAUACCCUUCUUGUCUCUCUUUUGUUCUGUUUUCUCUCCUCUUUUUUAUUUCUCAGCCAACCUGGCAAAGUGACCUGCCUUCUUAGACAAUCAACUUUUGGAAUUACCUUCUCAGUGGCCAUUUCUAGUGUACUGGCCAAAACCAUCACGGUGGUUGUGGCUUUCAUGGCCACUAAACCUGGAUCAAAAAUGAGGAAGUGGGUGGGGAAAAGAUUGGCCUUUGCUGCUGUCCUUUCCUGUUCUCUUAUUCAAGUAUGUAUUUGUACUCUUUGGUUGUCAACAUCUCCCCCAUUCCCUGAAUUGGACAUGCAUUCAGAGCUCCAAGAAAUGAUUUUACAGUGCAAUGAGGGGUCAGGUUUCUUUUUCUACUGUGUCUUGGGCUACAUGGGUAUCUUAGCCAUUGCCAGCUUCAUUGUGGCUUUCCUUGCCCGUAAAUUACCUGACAGAUUCAAUGAAGCCAAGUUCAUCACCUUCAGCAUGUUGGCCUUUUGCAGUGUGUGGGUCUCCUUCUUUCCAGCCUAUCUGAGCACAAAAGGCAAAGCCAUGGUAGCUGUGGAGGUCUUCUCCAUCUUGUCUUCCAGCGCUGCAUUACUGGGAUGCAUAUUCUUGCCAAAAUGCUACCUCAUUGUUUUGCGGCCUGAGCUAAACCACAGGGAACAACUAAUAAAGAGAAUGUAG